AUGCCAAUGAAACUUGAAGGAAGCUGCCAGUGUGGUGGCGUCGAAUUUACCCUUCAAUCCCAAACCCCAGUACCCUAUCAGCUAUGCGCUUGCAGCAUUUGUCGCAAAGUUGGUGGCUACGGUGGCAGUGUGAACCUGGGCGGUAUCGCAGAUAGCCUUAAGGUAUUGAAAGGCCAAGACCUGAUCAAAAAAUACCGUGGAAUCAAAGACCGCGGAACACCCGACGAAGAACUCUGCGAGUCAGAGCGCAACUUCUGCUCCAACUGCAGUACCAUGUUAUGGCUGUGGGAUCAUCACUGGCCGGAAUUGAUUCAUCCAUUCGCAUCUGCUAUUGAUACUGAGCUGCCGGAGCCGGCUGAGAUGGUUUGUGUCAUGGAGAGUUCUAAGCCAGCCUGGAUGCGGUGGCCUGAGGGUAAGAAGAGUACCCACACGCUCUACAAUAAGGAUAGUUUGGAGGAAUGGCACAAGAAACAUGGGUAUUUUGUCGAGUGA